AUGUUCCUUAGAAGAACUCCACUCCAAUCUCUCCAGCAGCGCUCCUCAUUCCGUCUAAUGUCCACCUCUACUACUUUUAAACCCUUCCCUACCCCCUCGGCCAAAGUCUCCAACUCUGCCAAAGACGUGUGGAGUCUUAUCAACGAGACUGCUGCUUCGGUCGAGCGCGAGUCCGGCCAAAAGGUUGUCAAUCUUGGCCAAGGCUUUUUCUCUUACUCUCCUCCUGAUUUUGCCAUCCAGGCUGCUAAAGAAUCUCUUGAUGUUGCAGCUCUCAACCAGUACGCCCCCACACGCGGACUGCUCAACUUGCGUAAAGCCAUUGCCGAUGCUUAUACUCCAUUCUUUGACCGCAAACUGGACCCGGAAACUGAGAUUGUGGUAACUGCAGGUGCCAACGAGGGAAUGUUUGCAGCCUUUACUGGGUUUUUAAACCAGGAUGACGAAGUGAUUGUAUUUGAACCCUUUUUCGACCAGUACAUUUCAAACAUCCAGUUACCUGGAGGUAUUGUCAAGUACGUACCUUUGCACCCUCCAGUGGAUGGCAGUACUCGCGUGGCCAGCGCAUCUGACUGGACAAUUGAUUUUGAGGAGCUUGAGAAGACUAUCACUCCUCGCACCAAAAUGAUUGUCAUUAACUCACCUCAAAACCCCACAGGCAAAGUUUUUUCGCGUGAGGAAUUGACCAAGAUUGGCGAGCUUGCCGUCAAGUAUAACUUUAUCAUUCUUUCGGAUGAAGUUUAUGACCGAUUGUACUACACGGAGUUUGUACGCAUUGCAACCUUGUCACCUGCCAUUUCGCGCUUGACACUGACGGUGGGGUCUGCCGGGAAAACUUUUAGUGCCACUGGCUGGCGUGUUGGUUGGUUGAUUGGUCAUCCGGAACUUAUCAAGUACGUUGCAGCAGCACAUACACGCAUCACAUUUACGGUCAAUACGCCCUUGUCGAAUGCUGUUGCCAAAGCCCUUGAGGCAUCUCAAAGCAAUGGAUAUUAUGAAGAGCAGGUUGCUUCAUUUCGCAGAAAAUAUUCCAUUUUGACUUCUGUUUUUGAUGAAAUUGGAUUACCAUACACCGUUGCUGAGGGUGGUUAUUUUUUGCUUGUUAACUUUGCCAAGGUCAAACUUCCUGAAGAUUAUUUUUUCCCCGAUGAUGUGACUGUUGGCCGAGCAAAGGAUUUCCGACUUGCAUACUGGUUGAUUAAAGAGUUUGGAGUUGUUGCGAUUCCACCAACUGAGUUUUACACGGUUGAGAAUGCUCAUCUUGCAGAGGACUAUUUGCGUUUUGCUGUAUGUAAGGAUGAUUGGAUGUUGGAGGCAGCCGUUGAGAAACUGCGGGGACUUAAGAAAUACAUUGAAUGA